UUCUCGCUUCUAUAUAACUGUAUAUGUAUCGCCGAAACUGUCAAUUACUGCCCUUUAAUUUCUUCAAUGGAUUGUGUUUUUCAUCAGGCAUGAUCUUGUUGUUGUUGUUGAUGUUGAUGAUCGUGAACAGGGACGGAGAAUUAGGAUUUGGAAUUUACGAGUUCUAAAAUUCUAGGAUAUUAGUAAGUGAGUAAGUUUUAAGUUUAAUUUUGUAAUACGAUUACAGGUUUUGAACUGAAACUAUUAGGUUACGCUGAACCUGUACGUUAGGCUUCUAGCUCUGCCUCUAAACUCAUGAUGAAGAUAAAUGUCUCCUGGUGAAAUAGUUAAGAGUUUUAAGAUGAUCAAAUGUGUAUAUGUUUGUGUGGAUUUUGUAGGAGAGGUUAAUAAAAUUAGAUUUUGGUUGAGGUUGAUCGAAACAUAUUGCUCCUUGAAUGUACAUUUUUGUUUGUGUGUUUGCUAUUUUUGUUGUUGAUUUUGCAGGAAGAAUUAACAAAAUUAGGUUUUGGUUGAGGUUGAUUAAACAUAUUACUCCUUGAAUGAACAUUGUAUUGUUUGGGCAUACAAUGAUUAUUCAGUAAUAUGCGGAUUCGAGAUUAUUAAUUGAUUGUGACACAUUUGCUUCUGAUUAUCCUGAUGUUGUAGUUGAUGACGAUCGUGAAUUCAUGAUGAAGAUGAAUGUCUCCUAGUAAAACAGUUGAAGUUUCAACAUGUUUGUGUAUUUUGCUAUUUCUGUGGUUGAAUUUACAGGAAAAUUAUCAAAAUUAGAUUUUGGUUGAGGUUGAUCAAAACACAUUGCUCCUUGAACAUUUUUCUUUGUGUAUGUGUUAUUUUUCUUGUUGAUUUUGCAGGAAUUAGCAAAAUUAGAUUUUGGUUGAGGUUGAUUGAAACACAUUGUUCCUUGAAUGUAGAUUUUUGUUUGUGUGUUUGCUAUUUUCGUUGUUGAUUUGCAGGAUGAGAUAAUGAAGUUAGAUUGAGGUGGAGGUUGAUCAAACACCAUUGCUGCUUGAAUGAACUUCUAAUUUUUUUCGGGGGCAUACCAUGAUUAUUCAAUAAUAUGGGGAUUCAAGAUUAUUCAUUGCUUGUGAUGGAUUUGUCUUCUGAUUAUCCUGGUGUUGUUGCUGCUGAUGAUCUGUUGAAAAUGGAGUCUCCUAGUAAAAUAGUUGAAAUUUCAACUUGAUAGUAUGUGUAUUUACUAAUUCUGCUGUUAAUUUUGCAGGAAAAGUUAACAAAGUUAGAUUUUGGUUGAGGUUGGUCAAAGGCAUUGCUCCUUGAAUGAUAGGCUAGGGAUUUCAAAUGGGUUGGCCAUGAGCUGUUAAGAGAGCAAGUUAAAAACGGACAGAAUCAGAGUAGAAUGGAAGCUAAGAAUGCAUACACACUUCCCUUUUAUGAUACUUUUAACAUUGAGAGUCCUUCAAUUGGAAUGGACAACCUUGAUUUUCCUACAAUGAUCGUCCCUGAUUGUGUUGAAAAUGAGGUCUCUCAUAUCGCAAAUGAAUGUGAGGAAGAGGUUGUCCUUGACAGUGAUGAUGAAAGAAUGCAUGGUACUGAAGUCGCAAGUGUCUCAAAGUUGAGAUCCUCUGAUGAUACAAGGUAUAAACAGCAGCUGGGUGAGUGGAAGCUCUCACCGGUUCCUAAACAAACCUAUGUUGGAUGUAUACGGAGGUCAAAGAAUCUAUUUAAGUUUUUGGAUUCAGCCAGAAGCACCUCAGAUUUUGAGACAACUGAUCAACAGAAACAGUGUUCUGAGAUUAAUGGCAGACUAUCUCUACAAAUAGAUAAGAGCAGUGUUAAUACAAAACCAAGAGUUGAAGAGGAUUGGUGUCAGGCUGGUGAAUUAACCAAUGAAGAAAUCUACAAGGGAAAUUUGGAAACGGAAGGCUCAACUGUUUAUGGUGUGAAUGGAGAUAAAGAUUUUCCACUUCAUUCUUGUAAAAUAGAACUACCCAAGUUAAACAAAACUGAAUCUCAAGUAUCUGGAGAGCUGUCAGAAGCUAAUGCUCUGGACUUCGUUGACCACUACCUAUCAGUUUACAAUGAGGGUGCACUCAAUGAAGUCAAAGAUAGAGGAGUGAAUAAGAUUGUAUCACCUCCAUUUUUCAGCCGUGUGGGAUCGCAAAAAUUGGCAAGCAGAAUGAAUGUUCAAAAUGCAGUAAAAAACUCUGGAGUUUUUGACUGGCCUGAGAGGCAAAGUGAUAGUGCAAAUGGUUCUUUUUCAAGACACCAAAAGAUAUUGACCUAUCACAGAAAGAAUUAUGGACUGAAGAAACAAAAAGUAUCUUGUAUCCAAUCCAGUAAGGAACCAAUGGAAAGUAGGACAGAUUUAAAUAAGGCGGAACCAAAGUUUCUCCCGGAAGCUCACAUGAAUGUUGAGUCCAACUUCCUGAGGAAGUCGGAUGAGCAAUUUGAUAUGGGUACAUUUGAGCAACAAGUUGAUUAUGACGGAAAUCGAUCAGAUGGAUUAGACACAUAUGAUGUUGGCCUUGAUACUCAACUGGCUGCUGAAGCUAUGGAAACUCUACUACACGCUCCUCCUAUGAAAAGUGAUCUGCUUUUGGCCCCUCCUAUUCCAAAAACCAGCCUAGUUAAAGAAAGGAAAUAUCCUGAGAUCGCUAUCUCAAGAGAGUUUAACAUUGGUGAUAGUUCACCAGAACCUACUUUAUAUAGCUCAGCUGAAGUAGAGUUGUCUUCUGUUGUUCAUAGAACUAGGCAUCAAGCGUCUUUAAAUUUGAGGAGGUUGGAGAACCCAGCAACCAAUUCCAUCAGAGAGUCUAAUUUUCCAAAGAAAAGAAGGAAGCAACAUGAGCUUGAAGAGUUAAAUGACAAUUUGUUCAAAGUGGCUACUGUAAGAGGGAAAGUUUCCAAAUCAAGUACUAACACAUCAAGGAAAUCUAGAAAAGUUAGCAUGAAUAAUCGAGGAGAAAUUUGCCAAAGUGUAGCAGCCACAUUGAGUCAAGUGAAAUUGGAAAAUUGGGUCUCUAAGGGGAAAAGGACACAUAAAGGGGUGCGACGGAUUUCAAAUGGAUCAAGCAAUCUCUAUCCUCUACUGAUGCCUGCUGAUCAGGGAAAUGACUUUAAGUUUCCAGUUUUGAAUCAUAAGGCAGAGAGAAAAUGCCAACCUGUGGAAUUUAAAAGUCAGAAUCAGUCUUUACAAAAGACCCAGUCAGGACUCUUGUCAAUUCAGACCGCAAGUAAACCUUAUUCCUCAAUUUGUAAAUAUUCAGUCACAAGUCAGAAGAUGACACCCAUGGACUUCAAAAGAGUUGAAUCUACUGAGUCUGCCAAAUUAAAUGAAAUGACCUCCAUAUCCACUAAUGUUUUGACAAAAGAGAUGAAAUCUGACGUACUUUUAAAUGGAAUCUCAGAUCCAUCAUACUGUCCUAAUGAUCACAAGAAAGGCAAGCAACACAUGAGAAGUCUCUCCAGAUCACCCCUUUCUCAAGAGCUUAUUAGAUUAGGUUAUGCAGAGCAAUUACCUGAUUUUCUGCCUAGAGGUUCACGACGACGAAAAGGUGCAGGCGACAUUUGUGUCUUGUUCAGCCAGGGCUUGGAUAGCAAAUUAAUCAAGCAGCAGAAAAAGAUUUUGGCAAGAUUUGGAUUUAUCUCCACAUCAAAUUGUUCUGAUGCCACACACUUCGUCACUGACAGCUUUGUUAGAACAAAGAAUAUGCUAGAAGCCAUUGCCUGUGGAAAACCAAUUGUAACACAUUUGUGGCUUGAGAGCUGUGGAAGAGCAAGCUGUUUUGUUGAUGAGAAAAGUUAUAUCUUAAGAGAUGCCAAAAAGGAAAAGGAACUCGGUUUUAGUAUACCUGUUUCACUUGCUCAUGCUAGAAAGCAUCCCCUUCUAGAGGGUCAAAGAGUCAUUAUUACUCCAAAUGCAAAACCUAAUAGAGAUACCCUUCUAACCUUGGUCAAGGCAGUGCGUGGUGAGGUGGUGGACGAAUCUAAUAGUAAAAUCACUAGUGAUGAUCUAUUAAUUCUUUCCUGUGAAGAAGAUUACAAAGCAUGCAUUCCAUAUCUGGAAAAAGGAACUCUUGUUUAUAGUUCGGAGCUCUUGCUUAAUGGGAUUGUUAUCCAGAAACUGGAGUACAAUAGGCAUCAGCUUUUCACAAAGUUUCAUGACGAAAACUGUAAAGAAUGAAAAUCUCUCCAGCUUUUUCACGAAGAAAGCUUCGUGCCCAACUGCUUGUGGAUCGGUUUAAAAUCGCUACUAGUCCAAGUAACAGAUGAUGAUAUCAUUGUGUUACUAGAUACUCGAAAGUUUAGCUGGACAGAGGUAUUGUAUCAUAUUGGUAUAGUAACUAAUUUUUCAUAGUUUGUCCAGAAAAGUUUCUGUUAUCUAUUCCCAUGUAAAUUCACUUAGUUUGCUAAUUUUUGAACAAAUAUAAAUUCUCAAUGUUCUUUUUUGUUUUG